UGCACAUUUGUUUUGGUGUGCAGGCGUGAAUAGUCCUUUCUGUCCUGCUUUGAGUACUGCUGUUGGGUGCCCUGGGUGGACCUUAAGCAAGCUCGGAAGUUGAGACAUGGAUGCAGUAACUUAUGAUGAUGUGCGUGUGAACUUCACUGAGGAAGAGUGGGAUUUGCUGGAUCCUUCCCAGAAAAGUCUCUAUGAAGAGGUGAUGCUGGAGACCUACCAGAACAUCACUGCUAUAGGCUACAAUUUGGAAGACCAUCAUAUUGAAGAACAUAGUCAAAGUUCUAGAAGACAUGAAAGGCAUGAAAGAAUUCAUAUUGGAGAGAAACCGUAUGAACGUAACCAAUGGGGUAAAGCCUUUGCAAGUGACAAUCAUCUCCAAAUACAUAAAAAAACAAAUACUGGAGAGAAACCUUAUGAAUGUAAUCAAUGUGGUAAAGCCUUUUCACAACAGAGUAGCCUCCAGUAUCAUAAAAGAACACAUGCUGGACAGAAACCUUAUGAAUGUAAUCAGUGUGGUAAAGCCUUGUCAUGUCAAAGAAGUCUCCAAUAUCAUAAAAGAACACAUACUGGAGAGAAACCCUAUGAAUGUCAUCAGUGUGGUAAAGCUUUUGUAAGUCCCAGUCAACUCCAAAAACAUAAAAGAACACAUACUGGGGAAAAACCUUAUGAAUGUAAUCAGUGUGGUAAAGCCUUUGCAAAUCACAAUAAUCUCCAACGUCAUAAAAGAACACAUACUGGAGAGAAACCUUAUGAAUGUAAUCAGUGUGGUAAAGCCUUUGCAAAUCACAAUAAUCUCCAAUGUCAUAAAAGAACACAUACUGGAGAGAAACCUUUUGAAUGUAAUCAAUGUGGUAAAGCCUUUGCAUGGCAGUGUACUCUCCAAAAACAUAAAAGAACACAUACUGGAGAGAAACUUUAUCAAUGUAAUCAAUGUGAUAAAGCAUUUUCACAACACAGUACUCUUCAAUAUCAUAAAAGAAUACAUACUGGAGAGAAACCUUAUGAGUGUAAUCAAUGUGGUAAAGCCUUUGCAUGGCAGUCUAGUCUCGAUAUGCAUAAAAGAAAACAUACUGGAGAGAAACCUUAUGAGUGUGAUCAAUGUGGUAAAGCCUUUACAUGGCAGUCUAGUCUCAAUAUGCAUAAAAGAAAACAUACUGGAGAGAAACCUUAUGAGUGUGAUCAAUGUGGUAAAGCCUUUCAAUGGCAGUAUAGUCUCCAUAUACAUAAAAGAAUACAUACUGGAGAGAAACCUUAUGAGUGUAAUGAAUGUGGUAAAGCCUUUGCAGGUCACACUGGUCUCCAAAGUCAUAAAAGAGCACAUACUGGAGAGAAACCUUAUCAGUGUGAUCAGUGUGGUAAAGCAUUUGCUCAUGAAAAUAAUCUCAAAUAUCAUAAAAGAACACAUACUGGAAAGAAUUCUUAUGAAUGCAAUCAAUGUGGUAAAGCCUUUGCAAGUCACAGUCAUCUCCAAGUACAUGAAAGAACACAUUUUAGAAAAAAACCUUAGAAUGCAAUCACUGUUGUAAAGACUUUGGAUGUAAGACUAAUCUCCAAAGACAUAAAAGAACAUAUACUGGACAGAAACCUUAUGAAUGUAAUCAAUGUGGUAAAGCAUUUGCAACUCAUAGUCAUCUACAACGACAUAAAAGAACACAGAGGAGAGAAACCUGGUUAUUGUUUACAUAUUGACAUAAGGAGAUACAAGUAUGUAUCAAAUUGACAAGGGAUGGAUUGUGAUUGCUACUCUUGCUUUUCAAUAUAAGAUCUAAAAUGGAAAGCAUAGGUCCAGGCAUGGUGGUACAUGCCCUUGAACCCUAGGAGAUGAGCAUCAAGCAGAUCUCUGAGUUCAAGUCCAUCCUGAUACAGAACAAGUUUCAGGUAAAGAAAAGAUUAGGUCUAGGCCUGUGGACACUGUGUUCCAGAGACAGCCAGAAUUGUACCUUGUGUUGCAGCUGAACUUGGUCACAUGUAAGAAUCACCCAGGUGUUACUGGUUUUGAAGGCAUGACAGUGUCAUGAGGAGCAGUACAGCCUUGCAGAUCUCUGAGUUCAAGGUCAAUAUGUAGAGCAAGUUCCAGGACAGCCAAGCUGAGGCAGUAAAGGAGUUGGAGAACAGAAAACUGGUGAUAAUGUAAUAGAAGAGGCCAUGUCCCAGGCCCAGAAAGCAGCAGAACUCAGCAGCUUUGUUCAUGUGGCUCUUACUUUAGAGGUAAGACUAGAAGGGACUACUGGGAAAAUUGAAGCUUGUAAGCUAAGGCUGAGAAAUUAGAAGUGAUGAUGAAGAGACCAGCAUCAUUGAGGUGAAAUCUUCUAGGAAGUGUUUUCUGAGAGGACAUAAAAACUGUGUUCCAGAGAUAGCCAGGAUUGUACCUUGUGUUGCAGCUGAACUUGGUCUCAUGUAAGAAUCACCCAGGUGGUACUGGUUUUGAA